CUCGAUGCCAACGGGGAACUGCUCAUCCGAAAUGCCCAGCUGAAGCAUGCAGGAAGAUACACAUGCACAGCACAGACCAUUGUGGACAAUUCUUCAGCUUCAGCUGACCUUGUGGUACGAGGACCACCAGGCCCUCCAGGUGGCCUGAGAAUAGAAGAUAUCAGAGCUACCUCUGUGGCACUGACAUGGAGCCGUGGUUCAGACAAUCACAGUCCUAUCUCUAAAUACACUAUCCAGACCAAGACCAUCCUCUCAGAUGACUGGAAAGAUGCAAAGACAGAUCCCCCAAUCAUUGAAGGAAACAUGGAGGCAGCAAAAGCAGUGGAUUUGAUCCCAUGGAUGGAGUAUGAAUUUCGAGUGGUAGCAACCAAUACUUUAGGUACAGGAGAACCCAGCAUACCCUCAAACAGGAUCAAAACAGAUGGUGCUGCACCAAAUGUGGCUCCCUCAGAUGUAGGAGGUGGGGGUGGAAGCAACAGAGAGCUGACAAUAACAUGGGCGCCUUUGUCAAGAGAAUACCAUUAUGGUAACAAUUUUGGUUACAUAGUGGCCUUUAAGCCAUUUGAUGGAGAAGAAUGGAAGAAAGUGACAGUUACUAACCCAGACACUGGUCGCUAUGUCCACAAAGAUGAAACCAUGACCCCUUCCACUGCUUUUCAAGUAAAAGUGAAGGCAUUCAACAAUAAAGGAGAUGGGCCCUAUAGCCUCAUUGCUGUCAUCAACUCAGCACAAGACGCUCCCAGUGAAGCCCCCACAGAAGUAGGGGUGAAAGUGCUAUCCUCGUCUGAGAUAUCUGUUCAUUGGAAGCAUGUUCUAGAGAAAAUUGUGGAAAGCUAUCAGAUUCGGUACUGGGCUGCACAUGACAAAGAAGCAGCUGCACACCGAGUUCAAGUAACCAGUCAGGAAUACUCAGCCAGGCUAGAGAACCUUCUGCCCGACACCCAGUACUUCAUUGAAGUGGGAGCCUGCAACAGUGCCGGCUGUGGACCUUCAAGUGACGUGAUCGAGGCCUUCACCAGAAAAGCCCCUCCCAGCCAACCACCACGUAUCAUCAGUUCAGUGAGGUCUGGCUCCCGCUAUAUAAUCACAUGGGAUCAUGUUGUUGCCCUCUCGAAUGAAUCCACAGUGACAGGAUACAAGAUACUCUACAGACCUGAUGGGCAGCAUGAUGGCAAGUUGUUCUCAACCCAUAAACACUCCAUAGAAGUCCCAAUCCCCAGAGAUGGAGAAUAUGUGGUCGAGGUGCGAGCACACAGUGAUGGGGGAGAUGGAGUAGUGUCUCAAGUUAAAAUUUCAGGUGUGUCCAUGCUGUCUUGGAGUCUCCUCAGCUUGCUACUGCCCUCCCUUGGCUUCCUUGUCUACAUGGAAUUCUGAAUGUUGUGACAUCUGCUGUUCCCAGCCCAGCUCAGAGGACACCCUUCAUCCUGGGAUGACUGUAAUUCCUUCUAAUCCCUUCGGCUCCAUCCUAAACCAAAUAAAUUAGACUCUAACAAGAUAUUCAACUGAUCUCCAACACAUUAUGACUGAGGCAUUCAGGAACCCCUUCAUCCAAAAGAAUAACUUUUAAAUGGAAACAAAAUGAUUUUAACUUGUUCCAAUAUGCCUUAUAAACCAUUUAACCUGAUUCUGUGAGGGUUGCAUGAUUCAAUUCAAUGGACAAGUUACAGUGUUCAAUUUAAUACCAUAGGCUGUAGAGUGAAAGUAAAAUCACCAUACAUGGUGCUUUACAUUUAAUGACAAGUUGUGAAAUUUAAUAGAGGUUGAAAUGUUGAUUGUAUGUGGUAUGUGUAAAGUAAUGUAGUCUCUUAUAUUAGCCUAUCUGUUUGGGGUACUGCAUAUUUUUCAACCCCCUGCCAUUCAUCAUAUUUUGAGUUUUCCAUAAAAUUAAAACAAAAAAUAGAACAAAAACGUUUUGACAUAAACACCGUUACCAAAUCACCUUACUGAAUGAGUUGAAAGUUUUUGACUGUGAAAACCAAAUUAUAGAACUUACUAUCAGUAUUCUUAUUUUUGAAGUAAUUUUCUACAUAUUUGCUUUUCAGAAUCUGUAAGCCUCUUCCGUUAGUUUUCUAAUGCUGAAGUUCCCAUGCCAUGUGACAAUUUUUUACUUUUGUAUUCUAAUCUGAAGUUGUUUUGUGCUUUUCCUCUCAUCACUGUCAAGCCACAGAACUUGCAGCUCAUCCUGGAGCACUGGCUACUGCUUCGUGUGUCCAUAUGUGGAGUGGCAGGUUUUGGGGGGUAGUGUGCUUCCAUUUUUAUUGCAACAUGAUAGUCUUUAUACAGUUAGAAAUAAGUGACAGUACAGUAUCAGAAUCUUGGAAUGUUCUCGUUGCUCCAGUUUUGUGUUUCAUGCCUAACUAUAAGCUCUCUUUAUAGAAGGUGUAGAAUCAAGAAAUCAUAUGCAGGUUGAAAAAGUUACAGAAUUCCAUUUAAAGAAAUUUAAAGCUCAUUUCCUAUUCCAAUGCAAUACUGAAAACUGGCUAAAAAUACCAAAUCAGAAUGUUGCUAGUGGUCCUAGGAAGAAUAUGCAAAGCUGGGAGGCAGGAGAGGUAGACAGUGUCCUAUCCAGGGAUGUCUCCCAAGUGUUUAUGUGGAGGAUUUUGUGAGAUGUGAAAGGGAAAUCUGUGUUUCCUCAUUAUUCACAGUGUGCACGGAGAUGUGUCUGAGUGUGGGUGCGAAAGAACUCGGGUAAUAAAAAAUUAGCUGGCUCCUGGAAUAGUGCAAUGUUUGGUUCCUUGAGAAGUCUAAUCCUAUUUUAUUAGCACAAAUUUGCUGGCUAAUUAGAGACAGAGUUUAUCUUUUUAGAAAGGAUACCCUAUAGGUCCAUAAAGAAUAUUUACAGGAAGCAAAAAUAGAUCUAUUAAUAUGUUACCCCUAUCUUUAAUUUGUAUAAUUUUUGUACUAUAUGUGUAAAUGUUAAAGUCCUCAUUAUGAAAAUAUCAAUAAAUAUUUCAUUGAUUUACACUUAACACUUUGUUAUACAAAUGAAGCUUUUUAAAAUCAGUAAAACAGAUGCUUUCCCAGUAGAAGUAUGUCAACAAAUCAUUGACAGAUUUCAUAAAAUAUUUAAAGAUUUGAAAACAGAAGAAAAUGACUUCAUACUUUAGGGAGAUGAACACUCUGUAAGCUUUCUGUACAAAUGUUGUGUUUUCCUUGUUACAUUUGGGGUUUUCCUCUUGCGAUGUGACCCAUGUUGGGCAUUUUUAUAUCAUCAAUAAUGACUACAUCUUUUGCCAAAUGCAUGCCUGCCUUUUUAUUUUCUAAUAUAUGGUAAUAAAGACCAAAACUGGCUAGAUUUUGCAUGAAAUGGUUCUGAAAGAUAAGAAAACAGACUUGAAGGUUGUUUAGUUUUAAGUAUGUGGUGGAUAGACUCAACUCUCAUGCACUAAUGACGUCUGCUUUUCAUUUUCUCAUAUAAUUGUACAGAAGUGACUGGGACCAUCAGUUUUAAAUGGUUAUCAAGCUAACCAAUGUAUCAUAUGCUUUAAGAUGCAAGAUUCUUAAUUAAACUUUAUAUAGAUAUAGA